ACUGAGGAAGUUGGCAAAAUGUAAAGAACCCCUCCAACAGAAAGAGAAAAAAAAAAAAGGAAAACAAGGGAGAAAAAAACCAAGACGAGAAACAGAAAAUUAAAACAACAAAACCUAAGACAAAGAGAGGAAGCAGAUUUCAAAAGCGCGUAUCCUCUCAAGAUUACCGCUUCCUUUUUUGUCCAGAAAUCACAAAACUCUUUCUUGCUAAAGAUGGCUCCUAAACUGAGCGAAGACGAGAUUGACGACCUCGUCUACUUGGCACGAGCUGGUGAGGCAACUGAGCUUACGGAGCUUCUCUCGACGCUUGCAACCCGGGAAGGUGUCAGCGAUGCCGAGAUACUUUUGCAGGCCAGGGAUGAGGGAAAGUCGACGUGUAUGCAUAUGGCGACAGGGAAUGGGCACUUAGAAAUCGUCAAGUACCUUAUCGGCUUGUUCGCGAAACGCCCCGCCACGGAGAGGCAGGAAUACCUGGACGCAGCCAAUGAGUAUGGCAACACGGGUCUGCAUUGGGCAUCGCUGGGCGGACACCUGGAGGUUGUCAAGGUGCUGGUGGACGCGGGUGCAAGCCCGGCAUUGGCCAACGACAAGAACUACGUGCCACUGGACCUAGCAAGCUUCAACGACCACGUGAAAGUGGUUGACUAUUUUCUGGAGCAGGCCAAGAAACUCGAGACGGAAGACGGGGAGACGGGGCUAGGGGGUGCGGUGGAGGGGAUGGGUGUCGGAGGCGCUAGUGGGAAGGACGGAGAGGAUGAAGGAGAAGAGGAGUUUGUCGUGAUGAAGGCCGGGGAUGUCGGACAGUCUUGAAGAGAACGAGAAUGAUGGACGCCGGAACGGUGAUUCCAUGACAUCCUCGGUAGCUAUAGAAGGGCAGGGAGGAUGUGUGGUCACGUGUGUGCUUGCCUGUCUGGGUAAACAAACCUGGCAAUAAGAAAAAAAGAAAGAUAAAAAAGAAAAAGAAAAAUAUUUAUCAUGUCAAGGACUGAUUCUGGCUCUUCCUUUGAGGAAUUACACAGGAAAGCAAUAGACCUCUUGCGAAACUAGGACACUGUCCAGCGAGUCACUUGGCCCAAACCCCAAAUCGGCUCUCCGCUGAUACAGCCAGUCACCAGGUCUCUAAUGAAGAUAGCACUUAGUAUGCACAAAACCAAAUGAAUGGUUGAAAAUAAACUAAAUGACAGCGGGCAAAACACCAA